AUAAAUUUAAAUAAAUUAAAUAUCAUAUUUAAUUCUUUAACUUUUAGUUUUCCUGAUAUUUCAAUAGAGAGUGUCUGUCUGUUUCUCCCACAAUGCACCGCACUGUUAUUGUCUGAGCUGCCGGUCCACCAUGGCGGCUCCUGACUGCGUCCUCCUCAGAACCCUGACCCGGUCCAGACCCGGUACCGGGACCAACCAGGCGUCCCCGUCCUCUCCUGCUGUCUGCAGGGAGUCCCUCUACGUGGUGGACCUGCAGCGCUACAGCCGGGACCAGGGGUCCUCCGUCUACUUCCCCCAGGCUGUCCUCAACGGUGAAGACCUGUAUGACAUCACCCUGGCGGACGGGGACUGCAGACUUCGUGUGACUCUGGAUCCGGGUCUGAACCGGCUGGUGGAGCGGAACGUCCUGCGACCCGGAUCGGUUCUACGGAACGCCGCCUUCGUCCCCGCCAUGAGCGCCCAGCUCCCAGAAUGCCCCGGGGCCUCUGGAGACAGCUACAGACUGGUGAGGGCGGAGGUCUCCGAGGACGAGGAUCCAGACCGGAGGGUCCAGGUGGACCGGGACUCUCUGCCCUGGUUCGGACCGGCAGAACCGGCAGGGCCUCUGGUUCCUUUGAGAGCCAAUAGGAGCGUGUUCCUCCCUCUGUGGAACAACGUGGACUACAGCGGGACGGCGUGGACGGAGGCUCCGCCCCCAGAGGAGGAGGAGGAGGAGGAGGAGGAGGAGGAAGCGCGGCGUCCUGCUGUGACUGUGUCGGAGCUGCGUGACUCCUUCCUGAUUGGUCGCCGGGGCGCCGUCAAGCAUCAGCUGAUCGUACGCAUCAUCAAUAAGUCCAAACUGAUGUAUUAUGGGAGAAGAGACCGGAACUGUGAGUGUCCAUAUAAGGCCGUGUUGGAGGUGUGUGACCGGACAGGAAGUGUGUGUGUGGUGUUGUGGAACAGUGUGUGUGUCAGCUGGUACCGCCGUCUGAAGCCUGGUGACAUCAUCAGCCUGAGACGCUACCGAGUCAAACAGCAUUACCAGGCUGAGCUGGACGACAUCGAGAUCAGCGUGAACAGCAGAAACCCCGCCGCUCGCCUCGCUGUUCUCCCAGAAUCCUCUGUUUCACCUGAAUAUCUACCACCUGCACCGAGCUACAGCUUCUACAACAGUAAGGAGCUCCUGGACCGUCCUCACGGCGUUGUGUGUGAUGUCAUCGGCCUGCUGACGUUCUCAGGACGACCGGAGCGAGUCAGGAGCGAUGCCAGAGGGGCGGAGCUUUUGGAGUAUCGCUGGCUGCGAUUGGAGGACGGGACGAGCGACCGACCAAUCAUGGUGAAGCUGUUCUCCACGUCUCAACCUGAGUCCCACCGCGAGCUCCACCCACUGUCGGUGGUCGUUUGUAGCCGACUGAAGCUGAUCAGAGCAGCCGAUCGGACUGACGGCGGCUUCUACCUCACUACUACUACAUACACACAGGUGUACUGCACAGGACAGGGACACCACUCAGAGAUGAGCUACCGGAAGCUCCGGCCGGUGAGACGGUUCCUCCGGUGGCUGCGGAGCCAGGACGACGAACAGGUGCUGAGCCGGGCUCUGAUUGGAGGAUUCUUCAUGUACCCGCCUCCUCCCGUCUCCCUGGAAACGUACAUGAAGGACAGGAGAGGUGCACCAGGGUUCCUGCGAGGGGCGGAGCUUCAGAGGGAGGUGGAGAGGCUCUGUUACCGGGAGCGACGCACCUUCUGUAUCCAGGCAGCAGUUACCAUGGUUACGUACAGCCGCAGAGGAGAGGAGGAUCGCUGUUUGUUCUGGACGGACCGAUCUUCAUCCUCCUCCUCAUCCUCCCCCCCCUCCCUGCCCUCCACCCCUCGCUCCUUCAGACCUCCUCUCUCCUCCUCUUCCUCCUUCUCUCCCACGUCUCCAUCCUCAGCCGUCAGUCAGCUGACGCCCCGUCCUCUGGACCACAGGUCAGGCAGGAAGUCGUGGAGGAAGAGGAAGCAGCUGCUGCAGGUGGACACGCCAAAGAAGAGACAUCCGCGGGUCACAUUACAACCAGAACAGAACAACAAGACGGUUAUUCUGUUUGAAGCCUCCAUGGAGUUUCUAGAAAACACAAAUGCUGAUCAAGACGACGGCGAUGAUGACGAUGAUGAUGAAGAUGAAUAUGAAGACACCUCGUCCUUCGUCACCGCCCCCCUCCUCCCUGCCGUCCCGCCGGUCGCCGCGGAGACGCUGCCGAUGCGUUACGACCACAGCCACAGGGAGGAGCAGGCGUUGGCCGUGGCGAUGGGCGGGGGGGCGAGCGGCGCCGGGAGGUUUGAUGCUGCCGUUGAGGACUACUACACACUGAGACUGAGAGCUCUGUCAGACGGGGUUCUGGUCGACGCCGUCUUCCUCCCUAACUCCUCCUCUUCCUCCCUCUCUCCUCCCCUCCUCCCUCACUCCAACACCUGGACCUCCAUCUUGUCCCACGGAGCCUUCUCCUCACACACACCUGUACCUGCACCAGCUGACCUCAUCGGCAUGGCAGCCCAGCUGGCCAAUCAGAGGCUGGUGUGUGUCCUUGAGGCGUGUCACCUGGGCGUAGCCACAACUGAAGUUGUCCUGAGCCGAGCGUUCCACCUGACCACCUGACCCCUGAUCACCUGAUCACCUGAUCACCUGACCCCUGAUCACCUGACCACCUGACCCCUGAUCACCUGAUCACCUGAUCACCUGACCACCUGACCCCUGAUCACCUGACCACCUGACCCCUGACCCCUGAUCACCUGAUCACCUGACCACCUGACCCCUGAUCACCUGACCAUCUGACCCUUGACCCCCUGACCACCUGACCACCUGACCACCUGACCCCUGACCCCUGAUCCCUGACCCCUGACCCCUGACCCCUGACCCCUAGUGCCUGAUGGGAGUUUAAAGUUUGAUUUCUUAUGUCUAACAUUUUUAUACCUGAUGAUUAACCGUAUUUAUGAAAGUACUUCCUGUUGGAUACGUGUUGAUGUUCUUCACUGAUGCUGGGAUUUGUAGUUUUUUUGGUAACAAUGACAGUGUUUUGUACUGUAGAUAUUAGUAUAUACAUUUAGUAUGUAGGUGGUAUCAAUUAAACCGCUUUAUGUUUAAGAGAUAUUCAUUUAUUAUCUAUUUAUUCAUAAUAAUAUUAUUGAGAAGAAGAAGAAGUAGAAGAAGAGGAAGUAGAGGAAGAGGAAGUAGAGGAAGAGGAAGUAGAGGAAGAGGAAGUAGAGGGUGUUUCAGUGUUUCUAAAGUCCUGCUUUCUGUCUUGGUUUACAUGUUUUAUUAAAACCUCAGUUUGAAGUUCCCUUUAAGUUCUAUUUUAGUGUCAGGAAAUUCCCGUCUCUGUUUCAAGCCCUGCUAGCUCCGGUCUCAGUUCCAUCUGCAUGUUGCUUUGUUUUCUAAACUCUGUAAAGUUUCUCAUUUGGAGACUUUUCAUCACAUCUACAGUCUAAUAAAUCUCCUCUCAUUUAAA